AUGGUGAACAAGGCUAUCAAGAAUAUUGUAGACCAAAAUAGAGUCUCAAGUUUGUUUCGUGAUACUUUCACAGGACCAACAUGUCUAUAUCAUUGGUUAAGUACCAAGAGACCUGUAAGUCAAUGUUGUUACCUAUUUAAUCCAGUUUUCACAUCAAUUCGAGAUAGUUUUGAUGAACAAGCUUUCAUAGUCACAAAGAAGCAAAAGACGACUCAGAGAAAUAAGCGCAUCACACUUGAGGAAUUAUUUAGGCGUCGAGAAAGAGAGGAAGAACUGCUUUCCACCAGUCGAACCAAACGUUCCCUCCAAUUGACCUUUGAGGGAUUGGUC